AUGGAUCACGGCGACCACUCAGGCCACACCAUGCCCUCUUGUGCCAUGAACAUGCUCUGGAACAAUCAGGUCGCAGACACCUGCGUAGUAUUCAGAUCCUGGCAUAUCUCUGGCACAUGGACCAUGAUUCUCUCCUGCCUCAUCAUCAUAGCAAUCUCCCUCUUCUACUCUUACCUCCUCCACUAUACCAAGCAGUACGACCGCCAAGUAGCGUACAAUGUUUAUUCGUCUCAGCAGUCGGGGAGCGCGGCGAGGAGGGAUAGUAAUGCUGGCGCGAGCUCGUCAGGGGCGGGGUUGAUCCCGCCAAUCCCGGUGGGGUAUGGGGGCGCUGAGACGGGAGCCGUUGGCAAGAUUGGAGUAACAAGACUUCCGCUGAAGAUCAAGAUCACUAGGGCAGCCUUCUAUGCCAUCUCUGUCGCCAUCUCCUUCUGGUUGAUGCUGGUAGCCAUGACUUACAACACCUACCUCUUCUCUUCCAUCGUGAUUGGCGCUUUCCUGGGACACAUCGUGUAUGAAGGAGACUUGGACGUUGGGUGA